UUGUGAUGACUUUUAUGUCUACAUUGAUAUGGCUCAUCUUAUCCUAACAAAUUCUACAGGGGUGAUAGAAGUUCUCGAAAACUUGCCAAGUUUUUGGCAAUGAGGUGUUGGAAAGGGGAGGAUGAGAGGCUUUAUACUGUGCCAGUAGGUUAUCCCGGAGGCGGAGCAUCCGGUGGACGCAUAUAAUGCAAGCAGAGUUUACAACUUUGCAGUGAAUCCUUCGACACGAACUAGUCCACAGUACUAUCUUCUGUUGUAGACUAUACGCACACAACGAUGCUUACACUUGUACAGUUGAUCUCUUUCUUUAGUUCGACCAUCAUCGGCGCAGGGUUUGCGGAGAAACUCUUCCAUAAUCGUGACCAUUCCGAUGUAGUGAUACCCCCUUCACAUCAAGCAGAGCUAAUUACGGAUAAGGACACAGCAGAGGGUUUUCUCUCCAAAUAUGGCUUCAUAAAGCCGGUAAAGUGGGAAGACAAUCAAUGGGAUGAGGAUGAAUCAUCAGGAGACUUUGCCUCUGGAGACAUGAUGUCCCUCAUCCAAGAAGGAGACCGUACAUUGUGGUCAGGUAAUGACAAAGACCCCACUGGGAAUACACAGUUCAUAACCGCUCUCAAGGAGUUCCAGAGGGUGACAGGCUUGCCUGUGACAGGCCUGUUUGAUGAUGCCACCAAAGCCGCCAUGAAUAAGCCACGCUGCGGGGUUCCUGAUAAAGAGGCAGACUCCAACACCACUGCUGAGCAUAAUACAACCACAACGGAUGGGGACAGCGGUAAGCACAGUAACAGCACUGAAACUGACCAACAACAAAUCAAGGAUCCUGAUAACAGAACUAUGGAUACAAAACAGGACCAUACUCAUAGUCAGAGGCUCUCUCGUAAGAAACGCCACUUGGCUGCCUUGUUGGGUAAGAGCAGGAGAAGAAGGGAGGGAGAGACGGGCUACAUGGCUUUCUCUAAGACGCUGCUGAGGUGGAGGCUAAUUGGGGAGGGCUACAGUAGCCAGCUGUCCAUUGACGAUCAGAGGUACAUCUUCAGACUGGCCUUCAGGAUGUGGAGUGAGGUCUCUCCUCUCAAGUUUGUGGAGGAUUCACGCUCUCCUCUGGAGGACAUUGACAUCAGGCUGGGCUUUGGAACAGGGCGACACUUAGGCUGCACUCAGAGAUUUGAUGGCGCAGGGCGGGAGUUUGCUCAUGCGUGGUUCCUUGGAGACAUACACUUUGAUGACGAUGAACAUUUCACCGCCCCUAACGCUGGGGACGGGAUCAGCCUGCUGAAAGUGGCGGUGCAUGAGAUUGGUCAUGUGCUGGGUUUGCCACAUAUCUAUAAGCCUGGGUCCAUCAUGCAGCCCAGCUACCUUCCCCAGGAGUCCAGCUUUGAGCUCGACUGGCAAGACAGGAAAGCCAUUCAGCAUCUUUACGGCAGCUGUAAGGGUCGCUUUAGCACAGUGUUUGAUUGGAUCAGGAAGGAGAGGACUCCCUAUGGGGAGGUGAGGAUCCGUUUCAACACGUACUUCAUGCGAGAUGGCUGGUACUGGCUGUAUGAGAACCGGAACAACCGCACACGUUACGGUGACCCUGUAGCUGUACAGGUGGGAUGGCAUGGCAUACCAGCCAGCGGUGUGGAUGCGCACGUUCACGUGUGGACGCGUGGAAUCGAUGCCAUCUAUUUCUUCAAAGGUACUCAGUUCUGGAGAUAUGAGAAUGAGAAUGACCAGGUAUUCACAGAGGACGAGGAGGGUCAGCGCUACCCCAGGCCCAUCUCCGCAGGCUUCCCUGGGGUGCCCAGCCCCAUCGACACUGCCUUUUAUGACAGAAGAGAUUCUCACGUCUACUUCUUCAGAGGGGCACUAGUGUAUGCCUUUGAUGUGAAAGCCAAGCGCUUGGCAAUGGGGUACCCAAAGAAGAUCACACAGGUGUUCCCGGCAGUGUUGCCUGGUGACCAUCCUGUUGCUAACCUGGAUGUAGCUUACUUCUCUUACACACACAAUGCCAUUUUCCUACUGAAGGACACCAGGUACUGGAAGGUGGUUGGCAGCAGAGAUCGCAGGAGGAAGCCUUCACUGCCUUACAAUAGCCUACUGCCACACCGGGAAGUUGACCAGCAGUGGUUUGAUAUCUGCAAUGUCCACAGCACCGCACUGAGGAUAGCUCGCAGGUGAACAUCUGUGUCAACAUACAAAAUGUUCUGCCAACCUUUAGGACUGGUUAAGGUGUUGACAUUUGCUUUUUGGUAUCCAUUUCAAAUGGGAACCCAUUAUGAUCCCAAGAAAACAGUAGUGCAAAUUUAUAUAUCAGGGGACAAGCCCACAUAUCCUUCA